AGGUAAAUGCCGGCGCUAAGCGCUGCCGAGGUACUGAAAGCAUGGGAGGCUAGUCCGACUAUUUUGAAGCAAACACCCAAAGAGAAGAUUGUACCAGUCAAAGGAAAACGAAAUAUAUUGAUCACAUCUGCUCUUCCGUAUGUCAAUAAUGUACCGCACUUGGGCAACAUCAUCGGCUGUGUGUUGAGCGCAGACGUUUUCGCAAGGUAUUGUCGGCUGCGUGGCCACGAAACCCUUUACAUCUGCGGGACGGAUGAGUAUGGCACCGCUACUGAGACAAAGGCUCUGCAAGAAGGUCUGACUCCUAAAGAAGUCUGUGACAAGUUCCAUGUAAUUCAUAAAAGCAUCUACGAGUGGUUUAACAUAGAAUUUGACCUUUUCGGACGAACUACUACACCUCAGCAAACAGAAAUUGCCCAGGAUAUAUUCUUGAAGCUUCACAAGAAUGGCUUCACCUCUUCAUUGACGAUCGAUCAGUUGCAUUGCCAAAAAUGUGAUAAAUUCUUGGCUGAUCGUUUCGUGACGGGCAUCUGUCCUUUUUGUGGGUUUGAUGACGCUCGUGGCGAUCAGUGUGAUGCCUGCGGUCGUCUUAUCAAUGCUGUCGAACUGAAGAGUCCUAAAUGUCAUAUUUGCAAGGAGGAACCAAAGGUUCGACAGUCGACGCACAUCUUCUUGCAUCUAGAUGCUCUCCAGGAUGAAGUGAGGCAGUAUGUCGAAAAGGAAAUCGCCAAACCUGAUACGCGAUGGUCACCAAAUGCCAUAGCAAUAGUAAAGGGCUGGAUCAAGGGUGGGCUUGAGAAGCGUUGCAUCACACGAGAUUUGAAGUGGGGCACUGCAGUUCCGUUAGAAGGCUAUGAAAACAAAGUCUUUUAUGUAUGGUUCGACGCCCCUAUUGGUUACUUGUCCAUCACUAAAUGCUUACUAGGUGAUAAUUGGAAAAAAUGGUGGAAGAAUCCAGAGGAAGUCGAACUGUUCAACUUUUUGGGAAAGGACAACGUUGCUUUUCAUGGUGUGAUGUUUCCGUGCACACAGUUGGGUGCUCGUGAUAACUACACUAUAGUUAAUCACGUAUGUGCUACUGAGUAUCUCAACUAUGAAGAUUCUAAAUUCAGUAAGUCAAGAAACACUGGUGUUUUUGGUGAUAGUGCGAAAGAGACGGGUAUUGAAGCCGAUGUGUGGAGGUUUUAUCUGCUUUAUAUGAGACCAGAGUCACAGGAUACUACGUUUAGCUGGGACGAUUUUGCUUUAAAGGUAAACUCAGAACUCCUUGCGAAUCUGGGCAACUUCAUCAACCGUGCACUCUCAUUUCUUUCUAAUAAUUUUGGAGGUGUUGUACCUGAAAUGCACCUCAACGAUACGGAUUUGGAGUUGCUGACAGGAAUCCAGGCAUAUUCUCUUGAAUGGGAUCAUCAGAUGGACUCAGUCCAUCAGAAGGAUGCUGUUCGAACAGUGCUUGCGAUGUCUAGGCAAGGCAAUCAAUAUAUGCAAUCUCAACAACCCUGGGUACUCAUAAAAGGCAGCGAUGAAGACAAGAAACGGGCUGGUACAAUCAUAGGUGUGGCUGCCAACAUCUCGUAUCAUUUGGCUAUAGUUUUGCACCCCAUCAUGCCGGAGAUCUCUGAACGGAUUCGCGCACAAUGCGGCGCAGAAGCGCUACCUAUAUUUUCUGCCUGUCCUAUGUCUUACUUGAAGCCUGGACACAAGAUCGGCACCCCGAAACCACUGUUCAUGAAGAUGGAGAAUGCGAAAAUUCAAGAAUGGAAAGCGAAAUUUGGAGGAACCGCAGUCGCUAACGCAGAACCGCAAAAGAAAUUAAAAGACAAAAACAAACACGCGAAAAAAGACGCCCAUCCAGAGAAGACUCUAAAAAAGCCCGAAAACGUAAAAGUGAAGAUGGCUGCAGCUAACGUUGUGUUUCCGCAUUUAGCAAAAAAUCAACAUCAGAUUAAGCAGCUUUUUGAGGGUACACUCAAAAAGUUCAAUCAAGCUCGUGAUUUGUUUAUGGCGCAGAAGCGUGCGGAAUUAACAGCAAACGUCGUAAGAUUGGAGAAGGAGAUUGAGGAAGUCCAAAAGCAGUUAGUGGAAGCUGAAAAAGCUGCUGGAAUAAAACAAAUCCCAGUUCCACGAACAACAAAAUCUACUGAGAAAGCUGAAGUGAGCGAAGCUCCUCCCGUACCACCCGUAAAACAAUCCAACGCCACAACACCUUCGAAGAAGGAGAAGAAAUCCGGUUCAGAGAAAAAGAGCGCUUCAGAUGGUGGUAAAAAGGCUGAGAACGCAGCCGCUGACGACGGUAUCGACGUAGGGCGUCUUGACCUUCGUGUAGGGCGAAUAAUGCAUUGUGAAAAGCAUCCUGAUGCAGAUGCAUUGUACGUUGAGCAGAUUGAUGUUGGAGAGGCUAGUCCUCGAACUGUAGUUUCUGGCUUAGUUAGGCACGUUCCACUUGAUCAGAUGCAAAAUCGCCUGGUUGUUGUACUUUGCAAUCUGAAACCCGCUAAAAUGCGAGGAGUUGAGUCUAAAGCAAUGGUGAUGUGUGCAUCUUCUCCUGAAAAGGUUGAAAUAAUGGAAGUUGACCAAUCGUCAAAACCUGGCACGCCUGUACUUUGCCCGCCAUAUGUACAUAGACCAGACACACAGCUGAAUCCGAAAAAGAAGAUUUGGGAAACUGUAGCGGAAGAUCUGAAAGUCAGCGCCGAUGGCUACGCCGUUUGGAAAGACUGCCCUCUUCUUGUUGGUGGCGCAACGAAAAUGACUGCACCGACAUUGCGUGGUGUCGCUAUCAAAUAAUUCUAGGUAGUAAGAUAAUUAUCAGGCAAUCGGUCGGUUGUUCACCAAAUUUUGUCUGAUUGCCUUAGUCUUUACAUGUUGAGCUGUUAAUUGUUUCAAUAGUCCAUGAAGAUCUUAUUUAUGAAUGGUUGUUAUCUCUGGUGACAGAGUUGUUGAUAAUGUUGGAGGUUUGUGGGAAUAAAUGAAGUCUGACCC